CAUAGAUGAACUUUUCAAGACGGGAUUUCCUCUGAACUGGAUCUGUAUCAGCUGCGUAAGGACAGGGGAAGGUUGAGGGACAGAGAAAAAUGUCAAAGACAGAAAAACCAAAGGACCAUACUUUACCAAAUGAUGAAGGUUUAACCAGUGGAGAAAAUAAUGUUUCCAUGAACGUUUCAGAUGAGAUGACAGAGAAAUUCGACCUUGCCACAGUAUAUGUGUCAGAUGCCCAGUAUAACAGGAACAUCUUUUUUGAUACUUCGCCACAGGCUGUGAGGCUGUACCUGUUGUAUAAUCACUGGUUCAUGCAGAUGUUGGUGUAUGUGUUUAUCAUCAUAAAUCUUGCUUUGGCUCUCUUUGAGGAUCCUGCUGUUGUACCACUUCCUAUAUGGGCCACUUCUACAAUUGAGAUAAUAUGUCUCUCUGCAUUCACUGUGCGGAUGGUACACUAUGCCAAAGUCAUUCCAAGGGAUAACUUCUGGAAGGAUCCUAAAAAUAUCUGCAUCAUAGUCAUUGUAACGCUCUCUUUCAUAGAUUUGACUAUAUACGGGGCUCUGAAAGCAGCAGGCUACUUUGCCAUCAAAUGGUCGAGGGUCUUAAGACCUCUUCUGUUAGUCAAUGUUACAGAGGGAAGACAACUGCGAAAGGCGUUCAGGAGUAUUCGCAAUGCACUGCCUCAGAUCUCCUAUGUUUUUCUCUUAUUCAUGUUCAGCGUGUUGGUCUUUUCUCUCAUGGCUCUUAAAUUAUUUGGAAAAAGGGGCCUUCUUACCAUUGAUGGUUCUCCAUAUUUCACUGACUAUUUGGAUAUUGUUUUCAAUCUUUAUGUUUUAGUGACUACUGCUAAUAGUCCUGAUGUCAUGAUGCCGGCCUACAACUACAGUGUUUUCUUCUCCAUUUUCUUCAUCCUAUACAUUGCUAUCAACACAUAUUCCUUCAUGACCUUCUUUCUUGUCAUCGUUUACAAAAACUACAAAAAGUACCUUAAGGAGGAAGUGCGGCAGCUGGUGAAGGCCAGAAGAUUUAAGAUGUGCCGGGCAUUUUCUUUGCUUCAGGAGACCCGGGGUGAAGGUGGAGAACCUGUGGUGACCCGGGCCAAAUGGAACCGUCUGGUUAAACUCGUCAAGCCGAAUAUCAGUAUUGCUUACCGGGAAUUGCUCUGGAGCGUCUUAGAUGAUCAGAAUAAAGGACACAUAGAGAAGUUUGCAUUUGUCCAGCUUGCUGACCUUCUGAGUAUUCAGGUGAUCACAGUGAAGUCACAGCCACAUCCCAUUCAAAUAUGUUUCCCCUACAUGUAUAAUUCCUCAGUCAGCAGAUUCAUUCGCUAUAUGGUUUGUACAAGAAUGUUUGUGUAUGUCUAUGACCUGAUUAUCCUGGUGAAUGCUGUAUUUAUUGGUCUGGAUGAGGAAAACCCUGUGGUCUCAAAUGCUGAAUGGGGUUUUCUGGCUCUUUAUAUGUUGGAGAUCAUUCUAAAACUGUACACUACAGAGCCUCGGGUGUUCUUCGCUCGACAUAAUUUCUGGAACUGGUUUGAUACCAUCAUUAUUGUGUCUGCACUCUUUUGCACAAUUAUUAACUCAGCACUCAUACACUCUGGAGGUUACAGAAGUCGCCAGAUCUUGGACAUCGUUUUCAUCUUGAGAGUCUGCAGACUCAUACGCUUGGUGUAUUCCAUCAAGAGAUUCCAAGCCAUCAUCAACACACUUAUUAAAAUUGGACCAACUAUUCUUACAUUUGGCCAACUCAUAGUGGUGGUGUAUUACAUAUUUGGCAUAAUUGGAAUGGAAUUAUUUAAAGGUAAAGUUCAGUUCUUCGAACCUAACUCUACAAGUCCUGAUCGCGAGUACUGUGGAAACCCUCUCCUCAAAGGAACCAAUUUUGCUAAACACAACUACUGCAAGAACAACUUCAACAAUGUGGUCUCUUCCUUCAUUGUCUUGGUGGAACUCACUGUGGUUAAUCAGUGGCAUGUGUUGACCAGCGGUUUCACGGCAGUCACACACGUUUCAGCCAGAAUUUUCUUUGUCCUUUUCCACAUUGUAGUUGUCAUUAUUAUAAUCAAUAUUUUUGUAGCAUUUAUCUUGGAGGCAUUCUUAGUCGAAUACACAUUUGACAAAAGUGACCUGCAAACUUCUCUGGAGAAAAAAAUAGAGGAGCUGGAGCUUAAUGUUCAACAGGAUGGUGUGGACACUGGUCUUGUAGAUGGAGUGGAAAGCAAUGACAAUGAACUGGGCCCUUCUCAAUCUGGCAAACAGAAGCCCUUGCUCAGGUUCAAGAUUGCUUCAAGAAAAUCCAGAACUGUGGAUGGAAUUUUACAGCGGAUGUUUGAAACAGAUCUUCGUCAUGAAGACUUCAACAAGGAGGAGGAGCCAGAAAAUAUCAACUUCUCAAACCCUGUCUUUGACUCAGUAUAAACAACAUAAAAAAAAAAAAUACUGUACUGAACUCUCUCUUAAAAUAAUAUAUUAAAACAAUUGAAUUACUACAAAAAUAAUGCAAAAGAUGUGCCACUGUGCAUCUUUUCUUUCCUUUUGAUAAUUUUUGCACAAAAAACGCAAAGUCAAAAAAGGUUUAUUUAAAACACUACCCCAAUAUUUACUUCUAGUGCUUCCUGUACAUAAUAGGGCCUUUCACACUGCUUCAGUACAGUACAUUUAAUACUGGAACUAAAGUACUGGGAUGAAUUUGCGCGGACUAUUUCCUAGUACCGUUUAAAGGGUUGCAUUCACACAUAAGCUGGUCGACGCACUGUACCUGCACAGAUAUCGUAUACACACAUAAGGUCAAAGGUUUACAUACAUCUAGCAGAAUCUACAAAAUAUUACAAAUUUGAACAAAACAGGGAUCACACAAAAUGCAUCUUGUUUUUUAGUACUGGCCUGAAUCAGAUAUUUCACAUAAAAGAUAUUGUUCACAAGAUAAAAUAAUAGUUGAAUUUAAAAAAGGACCCCGUUCAAUAGUUUACAUAGACUUGGUUCUAAAUACUGUGUUGUUAACUGAAUUAUUAUUUUUUUAUUUUUGGAUAAUGCCUGCCGUUCUUCUGAAGAAUCCCUUAGGUCCCGUAAAUUCAGCAUUUCUGUGUAUUUGAACUCUUUUCAAUAAUGACAAACUGAGGACAACUAAGGGGCUCAUAUUCAAAUAUCAUAGAAGGUUCAAGCAUUAAACUGAUGCUCCAGAAGGAAACAACAGCCCAUCAAGGGUGUGAAAACCUUUUGAAUUUGAAGAUGAAUGAGUAGAAAAAAAAAAAAAAAAAA